AUGGCCAUGGAAGAAGCGAGCCUCAUCCGCGAAGCCUGCGACGUGGAGCCCGGACACAUCGAGGCCACGACCGAGGCCACGACCGUGGCCACGACCGUGUCCACCUCAACGACCUCACCGACCUCACUCAGCCACAAGGUGUGGAGGAAGGUGGGCCUGGCCGUGGCACCGCUGGCACUGCUGGCCGUUGCCUACUCCGCCUUGAAGCCAAGUUCCGGAGCCAACGGAUCGGUGCAGAACGUGAGCGGCUUGAAGACAGUGGAGCUCGCAGGAACGGACACUGAAGCGGGAGCCCGCUCCACAUGGUGGGAUCCCAUUACUCAAUGCACCAAGAACUUCCAGGAAGUCAUGGACCACGACCUCGGUGGUGUGGCAUUUGGUGAGUUCGACUUUGAGACACAGAAGUUGACGAUGAAAGAUGUGAAGACGGCUAAGGAGGCAGCUGAAGCCUUGCAGGAUCCAUCGACGAACUUUGUUCAUGUGGGGAAGUGCGGCUUCGAGAACAAAGCCGUGGUGUGGCUUUACCCUGACCACACCGGGGAUCCCAGCAGUGCCUUCCUUCUGGCCAAUGGCGAGUGCAAUCGCUUGGCUGUCCAGUUCUUGGACAUGAAGGACAAGGCCGCUUGUGUGGCUGUCUAUCGAGUCAAAAGCCCUGCGUGGGGCAUGCAAGCUCUCAAUCAUUUCCAUGGCGCCGAUACCAUCACCCACGCAGUGGUGGGAGGGCAUGGCUCUGAUUCCACCAUGCAAGAUGGUGUGCUGGUGAUGAGUCGCAUGAUCUACCUUUCUGGCAAGAACAGUAUCGACUCCAUGGCAUUGGUGGAUACCAUCCACGCCAAGCUGACCCCGCAUGCCACGGUCUUCCUCGAUUCCUGCUUCGCUGGCAUCAACGGCGUUGCCAAGAUGUUUUCUGAGAAAAUGCCCGAGCAUUGGGUCAUGGGCGGCGUGGUCUCGUUGGAAUCUUACAUCAAGGUGCACGAGACCCCCUUCGAUGGCAGUCCUGAAAGUGGCCCCACCCAGGUAACUUCUGAGAUUGCGAAGGACAGGGUCAUUGAUCCUUCUGCCGGCAUGGACCGCAGCUAUGGAUAUCCACAGCCUCACUUUGUUCAAGGCAUGAUCAUUCAGACUAGUGGAGACAAAGGGAAGAUGGAGGAAAGCAAGAGUUACUACAAGACUGGAGAGAGGAUGGUGGCAUGGAUUGGAGGAAAAAACAUGGGAAGUGUCACUCAGUGGCUUUAUCCCUCCAAGAACGGAAAGGUCUUGAAGAUUGGAACGAAGGUGAAAGUCGUGAAACCCUUCGAAGCCUUCAAAACCGAAACCUCUGGAACGGACGCGCUGGGCAUUUUCGCACAAAAUCUUCCAGUUGGUUUGCAGGGCACAGUGGUGUUUUUGCACUGCAUUGGCAAUUCACCAACCUCUGGCAAUGCCUUGAUUGCCUUCGACUUGCCCGAAAGUUUCCAGGAAACUGAUACAACUGGUGGGGCUGGUCAGACCCUUGGGGCCUUGUUGACCAUGCACACCGAUUUCAAAAACUUGGAGGUUGUAGAGUGGGCACGUGCGUUGACCAACAGCGUGCUGAACAAUAGUGUGACGUCUGAGUUUUCCGCGACCUUGUCGAAACUACAGGACCUCCAUGAUACCCAGGUUCAAAACCUCAUUGCAGAGGCGGCAGUCUUGCGGAGGGCGCUCCAAAAGCAUGAGACGCCGGAGGAUGAGAUGAAAGAAGAGGAGCCUGAUCCUGGAGCAAAGGACGACGCUGAUGUGCAGGAAGAGGAGGAGUUUGAGCUUUGGCCCGAGUGGACCCUUGGCCCAGACACAUUUGCCAAGAAUAACGAACUCAUCUCCAACAAGCAGUAUGGUCUCACUGACCGGACCUUAAAACUGAAGCCAGAUUACGAAUCAUAUUCCUCAAGCGUUUUGGGCAAGAAGAGAGGAUCGUUUAAUUGCUCUUGCAAGCUGUCAGAUUUGGUGAUCAGCCCCAUCUCUCCGCAACGAAUGUUUUGGGAUAUUCUGGGGGUCGUAUUUUUGAUGUAUGACAUGAUCUGGAUUCCAGUGCAAGUUUUCUCACCUCCAGCAACUCUCUUUACCGAUGUUAUCGACUUUACAGUGGCCCUCUACUGGACCUUGGACAUUGUGGGAACGUUUUUCACAGCUUACUACUCCCCGAAGGGUGAAAUGGUGCGCUCCCACCGCCAGAUUGCUUGGCACUAUGUGAAGCGGUGGUUUCUGCUGGACGUGAUGAUUGUAACCGUCGAUUGGACCUUGAUGGCUACGACUAUAGGAGGAGAGGCUGCUGGGGGAGAAGUGGAGAGCGAAGAUCCGUCCGGCCUAGCACGGCUUGGCAAGGUCAUCCGAGUUGCCCGCAUCCUCCGCACCCUGCGUUUGUUGCGGCUGAUGAAGCUGCGGCACAUCUUUUUCGCAAUCCAAGAACGAAUCGAUUCUGAAGUGGUUUUCAUCCUGGUGGGCACCGUCAAAAACCUGCUGGUCCUUCUUUUCGUGAAUCAUGUCUUCGCCUGCCUUUGGUUUUUGAUUGGCAUUAUGGAUGAAGGAGAUGACCACUGGGUUUUCUACUACAAGAUCCUGGAUACCGAUGUGCUGGAGAAAUACAUGCUCAGUCUGCACUGGUCGCUUACCCAAUUCACUCCAGCAGGCAUAGAGAUUCACCCCCGCAAUGUCUUUGAGAGGGCCUUCAAUGUCUUGUUGAUUUUAAUUGCCAUGGUCGGAUUCUCCUCCUUCGUGAGUGCAAUUACAGCUUCGAUGACGAGAUUGCGAAGUUUGCAGGGGAACGAACUCUCAGAAGCCUUUCUCUUGCGGAGGUUUUUGAAAGAAAAUCACAUCUCGGCAGACUUGCAGUCCAGAGUUGUUCGAUACAUCGAUAUGGCAGUGGAGGUGAACAAGAAGAAAAUCGACAAAAGCCGAGUACAAUCACUGAACAUGCUCAGUGGCCCACUCCGAGUUGAACUUCAGAAGGAGCUCUAUUUGCCGCACUUGAUCGUCCACAGAUUCUUCGAGAGAUAUGCCACGAAUGAUGCAGCCAUUAACCAGAUUUGCUUCAAGGCGGUGGACAAGAUGAACUUGUCCAGAUCCGAUGUGCUUUUCCAAGCAAAUGGCGAGUGUAAAGCGAUGUUUUUCCUGACCAGUGGCAGCCUCUACUACCAGAGGCCGAAGGACACACCUCCGUGGGAGGCGAACCAGAGAAGAUCUCGCAGAAUUGCCAGCAUCCCACUCUUUUCUCGAGUGUUGACCCUGUCCAAGGAUAGCUAUUUUUGUGAGCAUCCACUGUGGCUUCCGUGGUAUCACAGAGGAACGAUGGGGGCGCUGACAGACAGUGUGCUUUUGGCCCUGGAUAGCGAGAAGUUUCGACAAAUUACGGGGGAGUACAAGGACAUCUUUCAGAUUGCGAGGGCAUAUGCCCACCAGAUGGUUCAAGACUUGCAGGACUUUAGUGAUGCUCACGGAUGCGCUUGGGACCUUCCCAAAGAGGUGACGCAUCCGAAGAGCUACAGCCCGGCCACAACAGUUCUGAAGUCCAGCCUGGAGCAGCAGCAAUUGGAGGAGCUGAAGAUGAGCGAGUUGCUGGCAGCCUGCAUUGAGGACGAUUUGGACAAGGAGCUCAUGCCAUCCCCAGCCAAACCGACGAAGGGGCAUAAGCUAGAUUCUGAUGAUGCCGUCUCCUCCUCUUUGGCUGGGCACAGCCAUAGCAAAGAAAGUGUUGGACCUCCAGGAUCGCCCUUUGCUGUCCAUUUAGAUGGAGGGUCUGAGGGGGCUGACCUGCAUGAGCAGCGAAUCUAA